CCAAAGACCAGAUCUCUCAGGGGAAUGAAGAGAAAGACCCUCCAAGGAGCCACCCAUACUCUGUGGAGACCCCAUAUGGCUUUCACUUGGACCUGGACUUCCUCAAGUAUGUAGAUGACAUUGAGAAAGGGAACACCAUCAAAAGGAUUCCUAUCCACAGAAGAGCCAAGCAGGCCAAGUUUAGCACGUUGCCCCGCAAUUUCAGCCUUCCUGACAGUGGGGUUCGCCCCCAUGUUACUAUCCCCCAGCAAAACUGGUCUCCAGCAGUUCCAAGGAAGGUGUCACCCAGGACGCAGGAGCAAACCCAGUCACUGCUGCUAGGUGAUCCUCCCCACGCCUCAGCCAGCGGGAGCCAGGUGAGCUAUCAUAGGAAGGCCCUAUUGGCGGAGGCCUCCAGGCAGCUGGAGGCUGCUGCUCCAGAGGAAGCCGAGCUCACUUCUGGGAGUGGACGGCCCCAGCUUUUGAGAGCAUCCAGCAUGCCAGCCACGCUGCCCCAAAACAGGGCCUCGGAGGAGCCAAACCUAAGCGCAGGUCUUCCAGCACCUCCUGCCUUCCCUCCUCUGCAGGGGGACGGCAGCGUCUGGGAUGGCACCUUUGGCCCAGCAGAAGGAUUUGCAGGUUUUCACAGCUCCAGCCCUGGAGCAUCAGCCCAACUGACAGUCAGUGAUUUGGGAGACCUGGUGGCAGGGCUCCCAGAGCUAGUCCAGGAGGGGGCUGAGCCUGCAGUGGGGGAAGUGAAGGCUCCAAAUCACCUGUUUCUCCCAGGGCCUCCUCCCGCAUUCCAGAAUGCACUCCUAGAGGAUGUGGAAGGCGAACACCAAACCAGAGAAGCAGAGGGGGUUCUUACCCCUGGCUCCUCAACACCCAGCCCCCCACCUCUGCCAUCUCCCAUCCCUGAGAAUGAGCUCCCUCUGGAGGAAAUCGAGCUCAACAUCAGUGAGAUCCCACCCCCGCCGCCCAUAGAGUUGGAUGUGAGAAGCAUCGGCAUCCGGGUAACUGAGGAAAGCCUGGGCCUUGCCCUGGUGGACCCCAACAGCAUCUCCAUCCUGGAGGAGCGGGUCUCAGCCCUUGAGGGUGAAUUGUCUGGCAGAACCAAGGAACUGACCCAGGUCCGAGCUGCCCUUCAGCAGCAGGAAGAGGAAAUCAAGACGCGGGAGGGGAGGAUUCGAGAGCUAGAGUGCACUGUAGCCCAAUUGGAAGAAAAGCUUAGCCAAGAGACGUCCAGAGAUGCCCAGGGCCAGGCUGAUGCCAUGGUGAACACUGACCCUCCCCGUGGCCUCUUCCCAGGGGAGUCAUGUGACAAGAGCAUCGGGGUCAACCUUCUGAGCAUCACAGACUCUGAAAGCUGGGGGGCUGGGGGAGAGGAGCAUGGCUUCCUAUGGGGGCAAAAUGGUCACACUCGAGCGGGUCAGAGACUGGCAGAGCCUGUGCUACCGCCCCAGCUCUCACUGCCACAGGGACCUGAGAAGGUCCUUGCCUCCCCUUUACAUUGCUGCCUCCCCACUGAACUCAGGAUUGAAGAAGCAGGCUCUGAGCACGAGGGAGGCCUGCAGGCAGGAGGCGAGAGCCUGGCCAGGGCAGCACAAGGUUCUUCACGGAGCAGUGACAGAGAGGCUGCCCCAGGGUCCAGGGAGGAGCUCCCAGGGAAGGAGCACCCGGGAAGGCCACCAAGCUCUCCAACAGAUGCCACCAUUGGGCAAUAUGUGAAAAAGAUCCAGGAGCUCCUGCAGGAGCAGUGGAGCUGCCUGGAGCAUGGGUACCCGGAGCUGGCCAGCGCCAUCAAGCAGCCUGCCUCCAAGCUCAGCAGCAUCCAGAGCCAGCUGCUCAGCUCCCUCAACCAGCUGCUGUCUGCCUACUCAGCCCAGACUCCCCCACAGGAGCCUGCAGCCCCGCCCUCCUCCCCUCCAACCGAGAGCUCCCCGCCGACCAGCCUUAAAUCCAUAAUGAAAAAGAAAGACUAUGGCUUCCGUGCAGGAGGUAAUGGGACCAAAAAGAACCUUCAGUUUGUUGGGGUUAACGGGGUCUGCAAUGUCGACCACCAGAACAAAGCUGGCUAUACUGCCGUGAUGAUCACUCCCUUGGCAUCUGCGGAGACCGAUGAAGACAUGGCUGUUGUUUGGAAGCUCUUAAGAGAAGGAAAUGUGAACAUCCAAGCAACUCAG